AUGGCUCCGGUCCCGGAAGCCUACUUCGCGUCCCUGGACAAAUGUUUUUCUGGGGACGCUCAGCUUCUGUCUUGGAAAGAACUUUUUCUUUCUCUUUGCGAAUCAGCCAGCGAGGCAACUGUUUCCAAAAGCGUUGCGGCUUUUCUGUCGCAGCCAGAGAGCACUCGACUACUUACAAACUGUCUGGCGCCGUUCGAGCCACCGUCUGCGAAAUCGAAAUCUGAAUUCGACUCCAAAACUGCAGCAAUCCAUGUCGAUGCAUCCCCUCAAGCUUCUUAUAAAAUCGACGAAAUCAAAUCCGACGCGCUAUGGCUGAGUCAAAAGGCGGGGAUAGAUGAGGUAUCGGCCCUUCGAAUUACCGUUCUGGAAUGGCAAGAUAGGCCCAAAUCUCGCUUAGUCGGCAGGUUCUCUGAGGAAGAGGCGACGAGCCUACAAGAUGCGACCAGCGUGGAUAAUUUCCGGGUGUCCUUGGCUGGUCCCCAACUGAAGGAAGUACUCAGGCGGGUCAAUGGAGGCUCAGAUGCCGGAUUCUCGACCGAAAAAUCAAGACGGAAACGGCUACAAAACAUUUACCUGGAUGAACGGAGUCAUAUUCUCAAAACGUCUCGAAAACUAUUGGGGCUUUCGCUGCAUGAUACAGUCCCAGCCGAUGCCGGUGUGGUUCCGCGUCCAGACACUCUUCCUGGCGCGGCGGUAAAUGAUAAACUAUCGAGUCUCGGAGAGCAACUAUUCGAUGGCAAGAAGGGUGAAGCUGAGAGUAGUCGCUUCUUGCUAGGUGCAAUCAAGGGUAUCCAGAAACGCUUGGCCGAUUUUCAAUCCGAAGGCGGCUGGCUGUCGAUUUCCGAGAGCGACAUGGAGACUGACGCCUCAUGGAGAACAACACUCAUUGACGAGACUGUGCACACGAUACAAAUAAUUCUAUUGCAUGUUCAAUCUCUACGUACCAUUCCCAGCGGUGACGUGGUUCUAGCUUGGCUAAAACUCAUGGUAGAAUUCAAUUUCAUGGAACCCAUCACCCCACCAUGCGAAGACCCGUUGGUCCUCAGAUUAUCUUUGCAAGUCCUAGCAUCUGCAACAACUCUUGCUUUGCUGAAGCUCCCCGAUUCUUUGGAACUAGUGAUGAAAAACUCUCGUCUCUCUCAAGCCGAUGCCCUGUCUCACUCUAAACCGUAUUUUCUUUCUCGUCAACACAUUACAGAGAUAAACGAGAUUUUCCUGAACACAGUCAACGCGGGGAUUUUGAGCGCCAGCCCUGCAGCCUUCGCAUGGGGAGCUGUUCUAUUAACGAUGCGAGACAUAGCUCAUACGGCGAAAAACUCGCGAGAAAUGGAACUGUUAAAGACUGCAGUUGAUUCUUUUCAAUCAAAUACCCCUGCGGCAUCUCCGAUUCGUACCUCUGAACAAACAUUUUAUGAGGAACUGAUAGAUGUCGUCCGGGUUCCUGCUUACGGGGAUAAUUUUGUGGAUAUUUUGACUAUCGGCUCUGCUGAAAAUGGCCAACUAUUCAACGUCGUCACUAACAUUGCCUCCACUGUGGGCACAUUGUCAGCUAUCGAUGAUGCCGUGACCGCUUUCUGGAUUCGCGGCUCAUUGCUGGGCAUUCUGCAAGUGAGUGUGCAUAUAAUGGAUUAUUCCCCGGAGAUUUUGACCGCCACGCUAUCGAUUUUGGAGGGCUCUCCUGAUGAUGUUCGGGGCCAUGACGACUCGGCUCCCGUUCCUAGUGAUCCGCGAUACGUGUUCUUGAACGAUGAAAUACUCAUGGAAAGGAUAUUCUACGUUUCUCGCUCUCGGUUUCCAUAUGAAUCUAUUCCGUUCCUUCGCCUGUGUCGGGCAUUGAUUGGUAAAGAUGGGAUCGAUAGCCAUGGUGCUGCUUUUGUUCGAAAUCAGCUGGAGUCCAUGGAAACAUUUACUCAGGUGGUUCCUUUAGACUUCCAGGGCUAUGAAACGAUACGCGAAGACGAAAAUGCCAACUUUGUGUCUCUUGUGCAACCAAUAUCCAUGUUGGCAUCCCAACCGAGGAAGUCCAAAGGAAACACUCAGGCGGAAGCUGCUCUUGUUGCCACAGGCUCAUCGCAGCUUCAGCCAGCGACAACUGGUCAGGUUGUUUCUGAAUCGAAACCUGCUGUUGUAAUGUGGUACCAUGGGUAUUCGUGCAUUAGCUUUCUUGGUAGUUGGCUGGAGGCGUGGUCAACCAAUGGCGGAGAUGUACCUGGCACGGACGAGGAGACUAUCGCCGAGAUUAUAUCGCUACUCACCGACCUUCUGGCUGCCUUCCGUGGAGCCGAUUCACAAGAUGACGACUCUGGGCCGAGAAAGAUUCUGGAAAUCGCAAGCGAGGGUUUGAGCAACUGCAGCGAUAUCGUGUCUGUGAUAUAUGAUAUCCUGGAACGGAAUUUGCAGGAUUCUGGAGGGCCCUCAGGCAUUCGCGGCUCAGUAGAGCUAGUUGUUGCCUGCGUGCGAUUCGUUCGUGUCCUUGUCCCUAUUCUCCCAAAUCGGAUAUGGCCAUUUUUGUCUCGAACCAGCAUGUUAGAUACCAAUGGCCAGGGAGGUCGUUGGUCCGCCAUUGUUUCCGCCGCUGAAGUGACUUCUGGGGACUAUCCAUUUCUCCUCAGUUUUGUCGAACUCUUCGAGGCUGUGAUAGAGGAUGCCAUUUCAAAUUCCGCGGUGCGAAAAGUGACAUCUCGUGAAAUUUCCAGAGCGGGCGAUUUCUCUGAGAGGAGUGCGGGUGUUCCGUCUCAUAUCAUCAGCAAAGUACUGUCCAGUUUUGUGCGCUCAAUGGUUGGGGUGUACAACAGCACUGGAAACUGGCGAUUCAAGCAAGUGGAGCGCAAGCUGCAAAUUGAGACUUUAUUGGCCAAAAACUUGGAGAAAGUAAUUUACUACACUUACGGAAUUGAUGGUACGGAAAAUGGCCAAUCAAAGAUUUCCGGAGUCUUCUACGAACCCGCUACCUACAUUCUCGACGUUUUACGACCGCAGUCGAACGACGAACUACCCUUCAACCCCGUCCUACGUAUCAUCAUUGACGGGCUUCAAACACCGUCGACCACCAUUUAUCUCCGUCAAAGCCGGCUAAUCGAGGGGCAGCUGAUUGCUACGUUGAAUUUGGCCAUCAAAUUAACCCAGACAGCGCAUUUACUUCAAUCCCCUUCUUCCUUGCUUGAAGACCAGCUAUUCAAAGCAUCUUCUGUUUUGGUAAAGUUAUAUAGCUCUCACCAUCGGUACCGACUACCAGUUGCCAUCCUGCUGGAGUUGUUAAUAUCAAAGGCAGCAGCAGAUUCUGAAAACGAACCACCAUCACUUGUUGGCCACCUGGGAUCUGAAUCGACGUGCCUGUUUCUCGAUGUACUCGGCCAGUUCGAUAACCCUUUGAGCGACAAAACACUAUUUGUUUCUAUAUGGCGCCUUCUGUCUGCCUUUGUUAGUAAACGGCAGCAAUGGCUUGCUAUUUACCUUCUGACAGGAAGCUCGCCUCGGGAUUCGUUAAAACUAAGUACAUCUAGCGAAAAGGCCCCGAGGAUGAGAAGUACCCCUUUCCUCAAGACAGCACUUGACACUUUGGAAAAUAUCGACCAGAUUGAUCCCUCAGUCUCUUUGGCCCUCCUUGAGUUUAUUUCGUGCUCACAAGAACACUGGCCGUGGGCCACCGUUCAACUGGGCAACCACACGAACUUUUUCAGCUCGGUCAUCAACCAUGUUGCACACUUGAAACUUGAAAAACAGCCAAUAACAAACCAAAUAAGUUUAACGCAGAUUGCUGCUAUAACCGCCAAUCUCUGUGCCAUCUACCUGCAUUCGGCAAAGGAGGCUAGAGAUCAAACGUUUACCAAAAUGCUGAUACCGUUGGUUUUUUGGUACGCUGAAAACGCUGUGGAUGUGUCGAGCUAUAACGCAUCACUCCAUGCCAACUUGAAGAAGAACUUUGAGAUGAAAUACAGCGGAUGUCGCCUUCCACAAUUCAAACGAACAAGCCUAGAGUCACGGCCACUAGGAAGGGACUACUACUAUGACCUGUCUCUUUCUGACAAAGUUCUAUCAUUCGGCUUUUCUUGGAGGGGAAAGAAGGGUCAGGGAUUUGCUGACGAAUUUGAACGAGCAAAUCUUAACCUGUCGCUCGUGGAGGCGCAAGUGAAUCUCUUUAAUAGCUGGAAAUUCUUUGCCAUUGAGCAUUCCACGGAUUUCACGCCAGAUAAGGAAAUCCAGAAAUCCAUGGCUCUAGUUGUGCGAAAUUGUUUACUUGCAAACACACGUCCUACGCCUGAGGAGCCUAUUUUUACCAAGUUACAGCAAUCUCGGAUUGAUUUUGCGCUGUCAAUGCUUCAGAAACUAGUUGAAGUCGGCGCAGAGGGCCCGGAACUACUCGCGUUGCUAUCUGUUGUUUGGGACACCAUGCGCGCUCGUGGUACUACGUAUGAGAAUGCGUUGAUUCAUGACGAUACCGAAUACUACCGCAGCCUCCUGAAUGUCCUUUUCCUUGCUCUACAAUUCCAUGUCUCCCGGUCGGCUCGACCAGAGCCUAUCGAGAAGAAACCUGAUAUCUCACCAGACUUGUCGAUUGUGUUGGAAGUAAUCAAAGUGGUGAUAGCCCAAGGCUUCCGGUCUCUUACGACAUAUCUGCACGAUGAGCCGCAACGAUGCUCACCGAAAGAUUUUGCCAUCAUUACGGCUAUCCUCCAAACUGCGUUGCGAGUGAAGCAUGUCGAACGACUUUACGAGCAACUUGUCUUCCACAUCGAAGACAACGAUACAGCGCGAUAUGCCACGACUUUGUUCUCGUGGGCGGACCAAUUGACCGUUGAAGGUGAUCCGGUCUACGGAGAGCUGAGCGUUAUCUUCCUGGUGGAGCUGUCAGCCAUCCCAAUGCUGGCCGAGUAUCUGGCAGUGGAAGCAGUGUUUAUGAAACUUUCGACGAGUCGAUUGACACGCAUUCUCCGCCAGGGCAAAGGGUUCGGGCCAUUUGAAUCCGUACCGCGGCUGUAUGCAAUCUGGACUGAGGGGAUGCUACCAUUGUGUCUCAAUUUGCUAUUCCACGUCACGCGCGCGGCGCCGGAAGUGGCAGCGUUUUUGAAUCAAUUUGAGGGACGUUUAGUUGGCGCGGCAGAAUUGUUUUCGAAUGUCCAUGCCACGGCGGCCAAUCCGCAGACUCAGAGGAGGAUAUGUCUGUCCAUGGCAUCAGAGGCAUACUCGCUAGCCCUUGUUUCGUUUAUCCUCGAACAAUAUCGGGCGGCGGGUCCGAGUGCCGGUGUCGAUAGCCAGGCGAUCCAGGAGCUCAAGUGGGACAAGUCCCAACUCAAGGAGGACAUUGAGGAACUUCUCAGUCGCCGAACGAAUCUUCGAGCGCGCAUCGUCGCCACCAGCGAGAAGGAGCUGGAGCUCGCCCGUCAGAAGCCUCUUGAUGCAGCGUCCGGAGCGGAGAAUCGGCUUGAAGAAAAGAUUACGAAGGACUUGACGGCGGCACUGAUCUGUCUGUCUGGAGGGGAGGAGGCAUGA